AAUAUGAUUCGCAGAGAGAACUCUAUUUGUCAAGGAAUCCCGAAACAACCAAUCAGAAGCCUGCGUUUGUCUACCUAAACAACCAAUCAGAUGACUGCGCUUGUCUAUAAUAAUGUAGUUGAAAGAUGUAUAAAUACGUGUUGAUUUUCAUAAUAAAACGAUCUGUUGCCUGGCCCUUGUCUUCUGUUGUUACAUUUGGUGUCGCUGCCUACCGACAAAUGAAAAGCCUAUACCCUGCAGUUUUUGAUGGAGACAUAUGGAUCUUCGGGCAGGACUUCAAGGCUUCUGCGCAGUUGAGUGGCGUUCAAGAUCUGUCAGCGAUGGAGCUGCUACUUGAGACGCUGCUGGGAGGUCGGGCGAAAGCAGCAUAUGAAGGUGUGGGCCGAAGUAUGGACGAAUGUUCGACAGGGUCAGGCAAACAGUUUCCAAAGUGGGAAGGACCAUAUAUGGUCACUUCGAGAUGGGGUUACGCAGACACAGUCGCGAUGGCGAACAAUGAGAGGCGCGUGAACGUCAGCGAGCUCCAGAAAUGGAUACAGCGAGACAAGCCAACGAUGACGCCUGCACCAAGUAGAUCAAGCCGACUUCAGUCGCACGUAUUUGACGGGGGGACGAGUGUGGUGAGAGCAGGCUGCUAGCCGAUUGGUUGGCACUAAUCUACGUUAAGGUCUAGGUCACUAAUAUGGGCCGUGAGAAAAUAUGAACAAGCCUGAGUCAACAACCAAUCACAGCAAAGUUAAAGUGGCAAAAUAUGAUUCGCAGAGAGAACUCUAUUUGUCAAGGAAUCCCGAAACAACCAAUCAGAAGCCUGCGUUUGUCUACCUAAACAACCAAUCAGAUGACUGCGCUUGUCUAUAAUAAUGUAGUUGAAAGAUGUAUAAAUAC